AUGUCCAGCAUUAGUACUGGGGUGCUCUCAGCUGACCCUGCAGCUGAUAAGAUACACAAGAAAUCCUUCCACCGAAGGAACGAUUCAGGUGAGCUCGAUGUGUUUGAAGCUGCAAGGUACUUCUCUGGAUACAAUGAAGCUCCCAGCAGCCAUAACAACAACAACACCAACAGCACGUCGACGUUUUCGCAGAGGAUGAUGAAAGAAGACAGAUCAUGGAGAGGAGGCAGAAUUAGCCUUGACAUUCCUAUUAGACACAUGCUUCAUCAUCCUCAACAGCACCCUCAUCAUCAUCACCAUCAUCAUCAUGUGGUGGUGGAAAAGCAAAACGUCAAAGACAAGAAAUACAAGCAGCCGAGCUCUCCAGGUGGGAGACUAGCUAGCUUCUUGAAUUCUUUGUUCAACCAAUCAGCAUCUAAGAAGAAGAAGUCAAAAUCCAGUACCACGCAGUCCAUGAAAGACCAUCAUGAGGAGGAGAGUCCUGGUGGAAGGAGGAGAAGGAGGAGCAGCAUUAGUCAUUUUCGAAGCUCGAGCACCGCAGAUGUCAAGUCCAUAUAUUCUUCAUCAAGUUCAGGUUUCAGAACACCUCCUCCUUACAAUUAUGGACAAACAGCAGCCUCAAAGAGCUGCAAAGACUUGAGAAGCUAUUCAGAUCACAAGCAGCAAAACCUGCAGCAGCAGGUGGUGUCUUUGUCAAAGUACAAUACUAAUGGACAAGUAAAAUCCACAGCAGCCUUGCAAUAUGAGGAGGUGGUCCUGGAUGACAAGAAAUCAAACAGAGAACUGUCUUGGUUGGAUCACGAGAGAUUCAAAUACAGUAAUGGGUUGUCAGAGAAGUACAAGAUUAGUUCAGAUCAGGAUCACAAGGGGUUGCUCAAAAGGCUCAGUGAGGUUGUUGAUGAUGAUGAUUAUGAUGAAGGUGCAGAUAGUGAUUCAAGCUCUGAUCUUUUUGAGUUGCAGAACUAUGACUUGGGUUGUUACUCAAGCGGCUUGCCUGUGUAUGAAACUACAAAUGUGGAGAACAUCAAGAUCAGAUCAUCAGGAACACCAAUUUCCAAUGCCUCAUCCUGA